AUGUUUGUUUCAGCUUGCAGAACAGGUGGCAACAGUAGAAAGGUCACGGUGUUGGAGCGACAGGUGAUCGAUUUCCUGGGGUAUCAGUGGGCUCCCAUCCUGACAAACUUCCUCCACAUCAUCGUCGUCAUCCUGGGCCUUUUUGGGACCAUACAGUUCAGGCCUAGAUAUGUCACUGGGUAUGCAGCCUGGCUGGUGGUGUGGAUGACCUGGAACGUCUUUAUCAUCUGUUUUUACCUGGAGGUUGGAGAUCUGUCACGGGGGAGCGGAAGACAAAAGCAGAACCUAUCGCUGGUAAAUUGCGGAGAAGGGCUUGGAGGGGGGUUGUCCGGGGUUGGGGCAGAGGGCAAGAUGGCGGUGUGGAGGCAGCACUCGAGGCAGCGGGCCAACAGAUGUGGUUCAGUGGAGCGGCACCAGCCCACAGCCAGAGACACAGACCUGGGAGACUCUGACUUGGUGUUGACCUUUAACCUGUCCAUGCACCGCUCUUGGUGGAUGGAAAACGGGCCAGGGUGCAAGGUGACACCCAUCACCCCUCCCCCCUCCUGGGCACCUGAGGAUCACCGUUACAUCUCUAUAUCAGGCUGUCUGCUGGAUUUCCAGUUCAUAGAGGUGGCCCAUUCCUCGCUGCAGAUACUACUGGCUUUGGUGGGCUUCAUCUACGCCUGCUAUGUGGUCAAGCUCAUCUCAGAGGAAGAAGACAGCUUUGAUUUUAUAGGAGGGUUCGAUUCGUACGGUUACCAGGGGCCCCAGAAGACUUCCCAUCUGCAGCUACAGCCCAUGUACAUGUAA